UUUCUCUGGGUCCUUGCUGCUGAUGCACUGUGACUGGCUGACUUCCUGCUCCUGACACCAGGUCUCCUGUGCCCCGGUGGAAAUAUAUCUUCAAACUAAAAUGGCCACUCACGGGGAGGCCUCCGAGGAGCGGAUUUCCGAGAUUGAUUAUGAGUUUCUCCCUGAGCUCUCUGCUCUUCUCGGUGUGGAUGCAGUCCAGCUCGCAAAGAGUCAAGAAGAAGAAGAGCAUCAGGAACGACUGAAAAUGAAGACAGGUUUUAACUCGCACAUGCGCAGUGAGGCCAAGAGAUUAAAGACUUUCGUGACCUAUGACACGUUCAGAUCAUGGACGCCACAGGACAUGGCAGCCUCUGGGUUUUACUUUACCGGGGUGAAACUUGGGGUUCAGUGCUUCUGCUGCAGCCUAAUCCUCUUUGGUACCAGCCUAAGGAAAACUCCCAUAGAAAGCCACAGGAGAUUCCGUCCAGGAUGCGAGUUCCUUUUGGGCAAAGACAUCGGUAACAUCGGCAAGUAUGACAUCAGGGUGAAGAGUCCUGAGAAGCUGAGAGGUGGCAAAGCAAGGUACCAAGAAGAGGAGGCCAGACUGGAGUCCUUUGAGAACUGGCCGUUUUAUGCCCAUGGGACAUCGCCCCGUGUGCUCUCAGCAGCUGGCUUUGUCUUUACAGGUAACUGGAUUCUAUCUUCUGAGGUGUUUCUCUGUCUCUUUCUCCAAAACCUGAAGUCCUCUGCAGAAGUGAUUCCUGACCUUCAGAGCCACGGCACACUUCCAGAGGUCACGGACACCACAGGUGAAAGCAAUCAUGACGAUCCAGUGGCUGUUCACUCUAUGGUGGCCGACCUGGCUCAGAGUGCAGCCCAGUGGUUUCAAGAGGCAAAGAGUCUGAGUGAGCAGCUGAGAGGAGCCUACACCAAGGCCACUUUCCGCCACAUCAAUCUGCCAGAGGUGUGUUCCGGCCUCGGCACUGACCACUUGCUUGGUUGUGACCUGUCCAUGGUUUCAAAGCACAUCAGCAGGCCAGUGCAAGAGGCCUUGAUGCUUCCUGAGGUCCUCAGCAAUCUCAACUCCGUCAUGUGUGUGGAGGGGGAAACUGGCAGUGGGAAGACAACCUUCCUGAAGAAAACAGCUUUUCUCUGGGCAUCAGGAUGCUGUCCCCUGCUGAACAGGUUCCAGUUGGUCUUCUACAUCUCCCUUGGUUCCACCAGACCAGACCAGGGGCUGGCUGACAUCAUCUGUGCCCAACUCCUAGAGGCAGGAGGAUGCAUUAGUGAAGUGUGCCUGAGCAUCAUCAUCCAGCAGUUAAAGCACCAGGUGCUGUUCCUGUUGGAUGACUAUCAUGGGAUGGACUCACUGCCCCAAGCCAUAAAAACCCUGAUUACAAGAAACUACUUGACCCGAACCUGCUUAUUGAUCACUGUCCAUACAAACAGGGCCAGGAACAUCCGCCCAUAUCUAGAUACAAUUCUAGAGAUCAAAGAGUUUCCCUUCUAUAACACCAUCUCUGUAUUACAGAAAUUAUUCUUCCACAAUAUUUCACAUCUGCAAGAGUUUAUAGUUUACUUUGGAAAGAAUAUAGAUUUACAGGGAAUUAACAAAACUCCUCUCUUUAUGGCAGCAGUCUGUACUGCCUGGUUUCAAAAUCCUUCUGACCAGUCCUUUCAUGAUGUGGCAGCUUUCAAGUCCUAUAUGAAAUACCUUUCCUUAAAACACAAGGCUACACCUGAGCCUCUCAAGGCCACUGUGUCCUCAUGUGGCCAGCUGGCUUUGAGAGGUCUUUUUUCAUUUUGCUUUGAGUUCAGUAGUGAUGACCUCACAGAAGCAGGCGUUGAUGAAGAUGAAGAUCUGACCACCUGCUUGAUGAGCAAAUUCUCUGCCCAGAGACUGAGACCUGUCUAUCGGUUCUUAAGUCCUUUGUUCCAAGAAUUUCUUGCUGCCCUGAGGCUGACUGAGCUCCUGGGUUCAGAAAGGCAGGAAGACCAUGAUCUGGGACUUGGUUAUUUGAGACAAAUUAACUCACCCUUGAAGGCUGUGGGUACCUACAGCAAUUUUUUGAAGUAUGUCUGUAGCCAUCCUUCAUCAAAGGCAGGGCCAAAAAUUGUAUCUCAUUUGCUUCAGUUGGUGAAUGAUAAAGAGCUGCUGGAGAACAUGUCUGAAAAUGAGGAUUAUGUGAAGCUCCAUCCAGAAACUUCCCUGUGGAUGCAGUUUGUUAGGGGGUUGUGGCAGGUAUUUCCUGAAGCUUUCUCUUCAUUUGUUUCAGAACAUCUAUUGAGCAUUGCUCUCAACUUUGCUUAUGAAAGCAACGCGGUGGCUGUAUGUUCUCCAUUUAUUUUUCAAUUCCUUCAAGGGAGAACACUGGCUUUGAAAGUACUGAAUUCACAGUACUUUGGGGACCACCCAGAAAAUCUGCAACUGUUGAAGAGUGUAAAAGUCUCCAUAAAUGGAAAUAAAAUGCAACCCAGAGCAGGUUUCUCAGUCAUAGAAAAAUGUUUUGAAACAUUACAACGACCAACCAUAGAUGAGGACUAUGCAUCUGCCUUUGAACAUAUGAAGGAAUGGGAGAACAAUUUGGCUGAAAAUGAAGAUAAAGUGAGAAAUUUUAUGAAUAACCGACUCCAGCAUCCACCCAACAUCAGUGCUGGCUACUGGAAACUGUCUCCCAAGCCGUACAAGAUCCCUAGGCUGGAAGUUAGAGUGGCCAGCAUGGGUCCAGCAGACCCAGCACUGCUCCGGGUCCUAAUGGAAGUCUUCUCAGCAUCACAGAAUAUCGAGCUCCAUUUGAACUACAGCAGUGGCUUUCUUGAAAGCAUCCGCCCAGCUCUGGAGAUGAAUAAGACCUCUGUCACCAAGUGCUCCAUGUGCAGACUGGA